UGUGCACAGUGUGACUGAGGCUCUGCUGCUGACCAGAUUUAAUGAUCUGACUCAAGAGGAUUAAUUUUCAGAAACUUUUCAUAUUUUUUCCCCAGCAGAAUUCAAACUCCAGACUUUGUGUUUUGGUGAUGUAUUAUCGUCUUUUCCUGGUCGCUGCUCUGCUGUGUUGUUGUUCAGGAGAAUCCUCAGUGCAUGGUUCACCAAAGACGGCCCUGGCCUUGGCCGGGGAAGACGUCAUUCUGCCCUGCAGCUUCAGCAACACUGCCACUCAUGACUUUCCAGCAGUGGAGUGGUCUAAGGCAGGUCUGCAGCCAGACAACAUCGUCUUCUUGUACAGGGAUGGCUGUGAGGAUCACGCGAUGAAGAACGCCGCCUUCCGGUACAGGACGAGCUUAAUCUCCAAAGAACUGAAGAAUGGAAACAUCUCGUUAAGGAUCUCCAAUGUCCAGCUGUCUGACGCAGGGACGUACCAGUGCAAGAGGCUGUGGAGUGACAAACGGCGGGACGUUACAGCAGUAGAGCUUGUUGUGGAUGCAGUUUCCGAGCCAAAACUCUCCGUCACAUCAGUUGAAGGUGGAGACAUAACCCUUCAGUGUGAGGCAAAGUGCUGGAAGCCGGAGCCUGAGAUCACGUUCCUUGAUGAUCAGGCAAACGACAUCCGUGCCGAUGACCCAAGAAGAGAUCAAGAUGCCAGGGGAUGUUUCACCGUGAAGCGAAGAGUGACUCUCAAGGAUGCUGCCAGCAGGAUCACAUGCAGAGUUCAUCAGCCAGAGACCAACCAGACCAGGACUACACACUUUCCUGUCAUACAAGGCUGGAAGUCCUGCUCUCUAACAACUGCUAUUGCUGUGGGAGGGACCAUCUUACUUCUGUUAGCUCCAUCGUGUGGGUUAGGUGUCUAUUUAUGGAGGAGAUGUGGUAAAUCUGCAGAGGAAUCAAAAUCGCCAAUGUCCAGACAGUCAUCAGAUGAAAGCACAUUAAGUGGCACCUCUGAAACCGAGGUGUUCCUGAAAAGCGUCAAGGUUGUCAAGGCCAACGACGUGGGAAACCAAUCUCAAACCAUUGAGAUGCUGACAAAACAGGUGGCCGACCUCAACUCAAAGCUUCACGAGAAAGACGAGACCAUCCGCCAGCUACAGAACAACAACAAUCCCCAGCUAAGUGCGGCUGUUUGCCAGUACGACCAGCCAACGACUCUCCACGGUCCUCCAGCCUCAACCAUCAACAGCCCUCCAAAAUCCGGCAACAUACCCCGGAUCAAGGGGCGGAAACGCGGCAUCUCACGGCAAAACAGCUUCUCACUACCCAGCUGCCCAACCAGCAAAGCCCGUCGAUACAGCUGCCCUAUUUUAAACUUCCCAGAGCCCCCCAGCACUACUUCAGCCAGCACUAAAGUGAAAAAGCUCGAAAGUAUUGGCCGUUCAAUGAGCGAUACUUGUGCUCGGCCCCGUCCGAAGUUCAAGCUUCAGCGUCAAAAUUCCUUGUCUAAUAAUCGCUUCUUCCUCCUGGAAAAUUUAACAGAAGAGUCAGACUAAACACAAAGCAGGAAAAUGAAACUAUCUGCAUGGCUAGAUACUAGUGAUGGUCAAAUGAAGCCUCAUGGCGCUCUCUGUGUUGGAAGAAUUGUCAUUCCUUGAGCCUUUUUAUUUAAACCAAGCCCACCAUCUAGUGGGGUCUAUAUUAGCCUUUAUUUGGCCAUCACUAGUAGACACCAUGAGCAGUAAGUGCAGUAUCUAAUUUUUAUCAUUUUGGUGAACAAACCCGUGUUUUGUACUUCUAGUUAAAACAUGGUUGUGUAUAAGAAAAUCAGCUCUCUCUAUCCUUCAUACCUGAGCUCAGUUAUAAACAUAAAACAGGGAUGAAUUUGAAAUCCGUAGGAACUUUAAUUUGCUCAGAAGAGAUUGAAAAAUUACUUCAUCAGCUUUUCAGCUAGCUUGCUAUUUUAUUACAAAAAUACAACUCUGUAUUUGAAAAUACAUUUAAACACUUGUUAAUUUUAGCUAUUUUUUUAGAGGUGCUGCUAGGUGGACUUUGGACAGAGCUAUGCUCGCUGUUUCCCUCUGUUUCCAGUCUUCAUGCUAAGCUAACUGGGUGCUACAUAUUUGCCAUACAGACAUGAGAGUGGUAUCAGUCUCAUCUAGUUCUGGGUAACAGAGCAAAUAAACGUAUUUCCCAGAUUUCAAACUUUUUGUGUUAGUGGCAUCUAGUGGUGUCUCUUGGUUAGAAUUCCUUUGGUGUUCAUUGUUCGGGAGGUUUUUACUGGGAGCUGGUCUCCUCCUCCCCAAAACAAACAGACCAGUGAUUUAAACUGGUAAAAACACUGCAGAAAGCAGUUUUACCUUAAAAAAAAAAAGUAUUUCCUCCAAAAUUGCUCAUCACAGAUGGGCUGCUAACUAUAGGGCCAAUUCCAGUGUCGCUAUCUAGAGAUAGUGUUUGGUUUGUUCAUACCGGGCUACUGCAGAAUCAGUGGUGGUGCAACAUGGCCGACUCCGUGGACAGACACUCGCUCAUUUUAAGAAACAAAAACACAAUGAUUCUUAUUGUCAUGUAACUGUACACUACAGAAAACAUAGCCUACUUGUUGAAAUACAUUCCGUGAAAUUUUGGCAUGUAUUUUAUUCACUUUGACAUUAAAUUUCUCCCGUUUUUCCUGCUCAACUGAUGUUAAAGUGACUCUUCACAAAUGCAGGCCUCAAAUCUCCAUCUGUAAUAUAAGUAAAUGCUUUUGGUGCGACAACUGAAGAGCCAAACUGGCACACGUCCGGGUUGUUUGACGAUUGUCACCACAGAGUUUUGAUCCCCAGUUUAAUUUAUUUGUUGUAGUUUCGCCUUGGUGAAGCAUGCAGCACAUUACCUUGACUUAAAUCAUGCAUUGCAUAUUGUAAUGUCUACAGCACAAUAAAGUAUUGACAGCUGGGGUUGUACA